AGUGGAAAUUAAAAUGGGUUUGGCACAUGGAACAUGUAACUGAUAAAAAUACUAAAAUAAAUAGACCUUUAGUAUCCCCUUACCACACCUUUCAUCAUCAAUCAGAGUCUUUCCUUUAUGGUGGGGAGGAGUGGUGCCUCACUAGAGAAAAUUGGAGAAGUCCACCACAAAUGUGGGCGUUUGCCAAGUGUGUCAGAAUCAACAGAAUUGAUUGGUCCUCCAUCAUCAGAGAGCAUGGUUCACCUUUCAUGUUCACACUUCACAGACAAGAUCAUAAGAGAAGUCUGAACCGUUGAACUUGAAACCCAGCAACUUGCAAAUUGCAUCCCCAUUGGUAGUAAUUUCUUGGACUUUUUGAUGGACUGGAGGCCUCUUCUUAAAACCAAGUAAAAAGAAUCAUAUCAACAAAGCAAUAAUUAUAUUCUUCUUUCCAUUUGCAAAGGUAAAAGGCUGGUUAUAGAAACAUGAUUCUCUGAACAGGAUUGACAACAAAACCAGCUGUGUGAACGAGAAAAUUCUCUUGUAUCAUGGUUUACACAACGUCCAUAUGUAACAACCAAGUCUCUGUCUAAUUUUUGUUUUUAUACCAAAAUCUUAAUUCAUAUAUAUUAUAUAAUUGUACCAUUUUAAAGAAUAAAGGAAAACAGAAGGG